AACUCUAUGAUCUCAGCAAUGGCCAUGGCCAACAACUUAAGUUCAUCCACAUCAUCAGCGAACAACUCAUGGCGAAAGUGUUGCCAACACACUUCAUGUCUAUUGUGCACUCGCGGCACACCUCGCUGCCUCAGCAUGAACCACCCAUCGUGGACACUUAUAUUGCGUGUCGUGUUCUACUCUUUGUCCCAGAUCCACCCAGACAAGGAGUUCUUUAACCUCAAGAAGGAGGUCUAUGUAUACCUUAAUGACCAUUGGGACAUCUUGUCGCCAACCCAGGCACAGUCGACCAACUGGAAGCGACAGGUACAGGACGCCCUGUCCCACUCGCGCUUCUUCCGCUCGGGCAGACACACCCUUCGUUGCAACGGAUACUGGCAACUGAAGCUCCUGUGUAACCCAUGGAACUACAACAACUCGAAGCAGUUCGAGGCCCUUCGCUUCGAGGACAUCCAUCCACCAUAUUCCCCAACAACAUCCCUCACCUCCUCGCCACAUAUGUCACCAGAGAUCUCAUGGAGGUUAGCUCGUGGACAUAAGGACGAUAAGUCACAGGACAAGUUUAUGAACAUCAACAAGUUGUUGGUAUCUGCCAUGAAUGACUCUGAUCCCGAGGAGUCUUUCGACAUGCCCUCGCCAUCAUACCUCACUGCCUCGGACUCAUUCUAUGGCAACAACAGUAGCUGUGACAGUGGCGUGUUGAGCGCCAGCACAACCAGCACCAGCAGCAGUGGUACCAGCUGUAGCCGUAGCAACAACAACUCUCCAUCAAUACUCGCGCACUCAAUCUCCAAGAUGAACUGUAACACGUUCAACCAUCCAACCAACUUCAAGUUCCUCCACAACAAGAAAUCCUUCCUCCAGGACUCGCCCAUCUCAUCGCCCUACCUCACUGGAUCACAUCGCUCCUCUGGCGGCCACGGCUCAACCCCCAACUCUGGCGUUGGCUCUCCCUUCCACCUCUCAUCUCUGCGUCCAUCAUCACCUAUCUCCUCGCCAUCAAAGUACAACAACAAUCCAGCGGCUAUCAGUCCAAGGGCAGAGUUUGAUGAGGACAUCAUCAUUACAAAGAUCAAUCAAAUGCGAUCCAUACUCAACUGCACC